AUGUCGGAGCGCAAAGUCCUCACCAAGUACUACCCUCCCGACUUCGAUCCGUCUGCGAUUAAGCGCGUUCCCAAGCACCUCCGCCCAAGCGGUCCCAAGCUACAGACGGUCCGACUUAUGGCACCCUUCUCGAUGCGCUGCGAGCGGUGCGGCGAAUAUAUUUAUAAAGGGCGGAAAUUCAACGCGCGCAAGGAAACGACAGACGAGAAAUACCUCACGAUCCCCAUCUACCGUUUCUACAUCCGCUGCACGCGAUGCAGCGGCGAGAUUACAUUCAAAACGGACCCCAAGAAUAUGGAUUACGUCUGCGAGCGGGGCGCAAAACGCAACUUCGAGCCCUGGCGCGAGAACAAGCCAGACAACCAGCACGAGACGGAGGAGGAGAUCCUCAACCGGCUCGAGCGCGAGGAGAACGAGGAGCGCGAGCAAAUGGAGCGCGACAAGAUGGCCGAGCUGGAGGAGAAGAUGCUCGACUCCAAGCGCGAGAUGGCCAUCGCCGACGCCCUGGACGAGAUCCGCACGAGGAACGCCCGCAUCGAGCGCAGCGAGGCCCGCGGCGAGGAGGUCGCCCUGUCCCACGUCCGGGACGAGGCUGAAGAGGCCCGUCGGAGAGAAGAGCAGGAGGACGAGGAGGCCGCGCGGAGGGCGUUCAUGACCGCCGCAGGCGAGAAAGUGAAGCGGCUGGUCGACGACGAGGCUGACGGCGGGACAGCAGCCGCCAAGGAGACAGCGCCGCCGCCGUCCUUCGCCCGGGUCAAGAAGCCCAAGAAACCAUUCGAUGCCGGGUUGGGCAUCAAGAAAAAACCCUCUCUCGUGUGA